UAGUAUGCAGCCUUUUGGCUGUGUGUAAACCUAAUUGAACUUAGAGUCAUGGCAUCAAAGAAGUUCUACGAAGGUUUCAGCGACAACUUUCUAACGUGUCACAUCUGUCUUCACGAGUAUGAAGACCCGCGUGUCCUCCCAUGCUAUCACACUUUCUGCUUGGCUUGCCUUGCCCAGCACGUGGCAGCGAGUGGGACGGGAGGCAACAUCACGUGCCCAGUGUGCCGCCAAGAGGCGCCUGUUCCACCAGGUGGACUGGAGAAACUUGUCCGUAACUUCUUUUUGUCCAAGGUGAAGGACUUCAUGUUGACAGCAAAAAGUAAAGACAAAUUGUGUGGGAACUGUCACUCACAAGUUGCUCAAUUUUACUGUCAAGAUUGCAAACAUUUUUUCUGUGAGAACUGUCGACAAAAACAGCAUGACGCCAUAAAAUUUCUGCAGGGACACACAAUGAUGUCAGUGUCUGACUUUGGGAAGCAAGUCCAGGAAAUGAAGGGAGUAACAUUAUUUUGCGAUAAGCAUGAAGAAGAACGGUUGAAAUUUUAUUGCACGGAUGACGAUGUUGUUGUGUGUCGUGACUGUAUUCUCACCAAACACAACAAACACAAUUGUGUAGACAUUGCAGAUGUAGCAGAAACGCAUAAAGCGAAAAUACAAAGUGCAUUUCAUGAUCUGUCUAAGAGCAUUUCACUAUUUGAAAAUGCAGAGUCGGAAAUAUCCAAACAACAAGAAGAUGCGACUGACGACGUAAACAAAACGGUGGCCGACAUACAACAACAGGAGGCGGAUAUUAUCAAAGAGGUUCAGCGAAUUUCUGCUCAGUUGAUAGCGGAAGCAAAAUACCAUGCUGCAACGAACAUAAAAUCCUUCGAGGCUGAGAAAGAUCACCUCCAACUACAGAAGGUAUCCAUUCACAGCACUUGUGAGUUUGCCAAGCAGCUCGUCCAACAAGGCUCCCACACAGAGGUGAUGAUACACGCUAAGAAUAUCCAAGCAAGGAUGAAAGAAUUGAGCAGUGUAAAACCCACAGUACCGACAAAAAACACACUCACUUCUACUGAAGAAAAAAUUCCAGUGAAAUGUUUUGUUCUUAGGAAGAAGUAUAAAUGGCUAAAUACUGCAUCUUUGGUGGAUGAGUUUGAUAGCAGUAUGGAAAGUUUGUGGGACAUAUCGUGUAGUCAAAGUGGGACAAUAUAUUUAGUUUCUUACCUAUCCGGUAAUCUUACAGCAAUAUCACCAUCCCAUAAGGUGAUAUUUCAGGUUGAUAUACCAAGUCCCAGGGGUGUCACCGUGCUCAGUGAUGACAGACUGGUGGUUACAUGUGAUGAUGGAUGCCGAGUUUUUUCCUCAGGGAAAUAUGACCGAACAUUUGGUCAGGGUGACAUGUCUUACCCCAAGGGUGUUGCAGUGGACAAGAAUGGACACAUACUUGUCUGUGACGCGAGCAAUAAAUGUAUCUGUGUGUAUGAUGCUGUGCAGUACAAUCUUAUCAAUAAGAUCAGUAUUCCUAUGUGCAAAGAACCAGAAUACAUUGCAGUGCUUCCAGGUCGUGACACCAUUGUGGUGAGUGACUGUUAUGGACACUGUGUAUAUGGAGUGACCCCACAGGGUGAUGUAGUGUUCCAGUACGGUACACCAGGUAAGAAAGGUUCAGGUGAUGGAUACCUGGACCAGCCGUGGGGAGUGUGUACAGACAGCGCGGGGCACAUUUUUAUUGAUGACCAGUGCAAUAACAGGGUGGUUGUCCUGACCUCAGAUGGUCAACUGUUAAAAUACGUGGUGGGUCAACAACAGUUUUCUAUACCACGGUGUGUGACCCUUGAUACCAAAGGACAGCUUGUAGUGGGGGAUAUUAGAGGCAAGGUGAAAACAUUUCGCUAUGUACUUUAACUACAAGUUAAGUAGCAGACCCGUAGGCAGGGGAGGUUUGGGGGGUUCGAAAGAACCGCCCCUUUUGUCAGG